AUGGAGGUAAAGUGUGUCAACAAAUCGAAGAAGAGCUCAAAGAAAAGUUCGAAACAUAAACCUAAACUAGAUAAACAGCAAAAAGAACUCGUGAAUAAGCUGAAGCACGUAGAUGUGUUCUACGAGGCACCACCUCCGGGACUUGUGAAGCAAGUAGACGAAAAACCGGAGGAUUGCAUUCCGGAUCUUCCAGAAAACCAAGAUGCAAGAGACUUCCUUGCUAAGGCUCCUAGCAAAGGACUAUGGAUGCCCUUGGGGAAAGAGGUCAAGGUUAUGAAAUGUUGGAGGUGCAAAAGAUAUGGCCAUCGAACGGGUGACAAAGAAUGCCCCAUGUUCAUCAGUGGAAAUGAGCAGACAGAGUCCUUCAGAGCUGUACAUGAGGAUCCCAUGUACGAAUAUGUACAGGAGAGCAAGCGACUGAGAAAAGAAGACAGAAUAAAGCGUCUGCAGUCCCUGCUCGAGGAAUCGGACAGCAGUGAGGGUGACGGCGGCGGCGACGCGGGCAAACGGAAGAAGGGGAAACGACGUCACAGCUCUAGCAGCGGCAGCAGCAGCAGCAGCAGCAGCGAACCGUGUUCUCGCCACAGGAAGAAAAAAUCCUCGCGAAAGAAGCAUCGUUCUUCGAAGAAGCACAAGCGGAGCAGCAAGCAGCGCAAGUAGGGACGUCGCCCGUAUC